GCAUUGAACUGAUUGCGGACAGUUGAAGUGUACGAAAAUGGCGUUCUACGGGAAAAACUUUAAGAAAACCAAGUUUGAAAACAUUGAUGUGCUCUUGGACGCGUUUAAGGCCCCCGACAGUGUCCGUGGCUUAGUCAAGAACACCGACAGCGUUUCCCGUUUCGAGAAAAACCCCGACGGCUCCGUUCAAUACAUCGUCUCCAAAGAUGGCCAGGAACGCUUCAACCAGAAGAUGACUCAGGGUGCAGAAGCCGACUUCACCACUCCUGAUGGCAUUAAGACUAAAGUCAGCUGUCAGAUCAACGAUGAUGGUGUGCAGACGGUCAUGACUUUCCCUGAUGGCGCUAAGCUUCAUAUGGACAGGGUGUUUGAAGGCAAUACCAUGAAGCUUAUCAUUUAUAAAGAAGGUUCUGACCUAAAAGGUACUAUUUUCUACGAGCAGGUUUGAAUAGUUUAAAGCAAGUA